ACCGCCCACUCCUGCCAGGACCCCGUCAGGAGACGCCACAGAGCCCGCCGGCCCUCCCUCUCCUCCAGCGCUGGGUUUUUCCAGCCGGAGCCCUGCUCCCUCUGCUGCGAUCUCUGGAAACUGGUGUCUGACGCGGCUGCUCCUGCAUCUUACUUAUUUAUUUCCUCUUCUCUUCCCACCGCCGCCUGAGACCCCCUGGUUGAGAGCUGCAGCUGGGGAAGGGAGGCAGAGAGGAUGGAGGGGAGGACCACCGCAGGGGCCAUGAGCACCAGGCCGGAGGCCCCGAGGGAGGAGGGAGACUCCGGGAGCGGGGGACGGGAGGCAGAGCUGCGGGGCCGAGCCCAGCUGAGCCAGCAGCGCCGGCUCAGACAGGCCACCCAGUUCCUGCACAAGGACUCGGCCGACCUGCUCCCCCUGGACAGCCUCAAGAGGCUCGGCACCUCCAAGGACUGGCAGCCACACAGUGUGAUCCAGAGACGCCUGGUGGAGGGGACCCAGAGUCAUGCUCAGGGGGAGUCUCCCCUGGUGCAGGCCCUGAUUCACGGCCAGGAGGGCAGGAGGAGGACCAGCAAGACAGAGAGGCCAGCUCUUCUGGUCAACUGCAAGUGCCAGGACCAGGUGCUUAGGGUGGCCGUGGACACUGGCACCGACUACAAUCAGAUCUCCGCGGGAUGCCUCAGCCGCCUGGGGUUAGGGAAGAGGGCCCUAAAAGCCCCAGGUGGGGACCUGGCCCCUGGGCCCCCAGCCCAGGUGGAGCAGCUGGAGCUACAGCUAGGCCAGGAGACUGUGGCAUGCUCCGCUCGGGUGGUGGAUGUGGAGAGUCCUGAACUCUGUCUUGGGCUGCAAACUCUGCUCGCUCUCAAGUGCUGCAUCGACCUGGAACGCGGAGUGCUGCGGCUGAGAGCCCCCUUCUCUGAGCUGCCUUUCCUGCCUCUGCACCCAGAGCCUGGCCAGUGACCGCUGCCCGGCUGGUCCCCAGGGGGAAGCUGCUUGCUUUAGGGGAAGAGCUGUCAGGGGGAUGGGGCAUCGCUAGAGCCAGGUAGCUGGGGACUACUGUGUCUGUCCCUUUUGUCACCACCCUGACCCCGCUGUCCCAUUGCCCUGCUGGCCACACUCCUGCUUCUCAGCGCCCACCCUACCCCCCAGGGAGGAGUGUCUCUAGAGACAGCCUGUGACCUCAGGGUUCGGGUUUCCGUUCAGUCUCACCCCCUCCCAAGAAGAGCAGAGCCAGAGCUGGUUCUGGGCUGGGCACUGGGCAGGGUAGGAGUGGCCUGAGUCCGCAGCUGCAGCCUGUGGCUGUCCCCUCCUGCCCCAUCCACCCGAACACCCUUGAGGCCUUCACCCCACGUGCUCACGCCACCUUCUGGGGCUGGUCGUCCCCACUGGACGCCCCUCACUGCCCGGGUCCCUGGCCCUGCUGGGGCCCCCUUUCUGAUCUGUGCACGGUGGCCCGCAGGCAAGUGGGACAGAAAGGGUCAGCGCACACGGCAGGGAGUCGGUGGAGGACUCAGGCCCAAAGGCCGAGGGCUUUCGCCAGCUGCCUUCUCUGUGGCCGCGCACACCUGGAGCGGUUGUCAUUUGAUCACCCUGCACAAACACUGGAUGUACCGUUAAGUUACGCCAGAUACUCAUCCUCCACCUGCUUCCUCAGCCGCUGGGCCCCUGCACUUUGGGGUGCAUGUGAAGAGCCGCCCCCCAGGGCUAACAGAAUGGUGGGAUCGUCAGUACCAAGACCCAACCUGACCUGUAUUCCUCUUUAUUUCUAGACGUUCCACCUCAUUAGACCCACCCCUUCCUUCUCUGUGGGCUCCUCAGCUUCAGCUGGUCUUCUCUGGCAUCCGUGGCUUUCUCCCCACCCCUCCACCCCCACCUUGAGCCCAGUAAACACACAAGGAGGCUCUGUGACCUUUACUGCAGGUGAAGAGAAGAGCCCAGACCUUAAGGGGCCAAGGCCCCGAGCAUUUCCGUCUGGCUGGUUCGAAUCUCUCUAAUCACAGAUUAGGGGGAGAUGGAGACAGUGGCGGAACUAACCUGGCUGGGGAACCAGGGCCCUCGGACCUGGAGUAGAUCAGAUCAGAGAAGAGCCAGGGUUGGCCCCGAGACACCGGGCCUUACCUUUCUCAGUGGAGUCCCUGUGCCCACGGGCAGGCGAGGGGCUCACUGGCACAGGGGUGAGAGCGCGUGGCCCCUCCCUGCCGGGCUGUGCCCUCUGCUCUCCUGGGUCUCACCCUGCUCCUCUCCCUUCUGCCUCUCGCUGCUUCUGCAGCUGCAGACCCCAGGCCCAGGGAAGCCUCGGCUCAGCGCUUCUCUGCUUCUCUAUUUGAAUAAACACCUGUUUCUCUAAGCCACUGUCCUCUGCUUCUCAGACACUGAACAAGGAGUCCGUCCUGACUCCCUUUCAGAAGGAAAUGUGACUGUGGACCUUCCCCUGGGCUGACCCAUCUGGCUCGGGGUCUGUAUAAUCAAGAGCAAUGCCUUCAAACUCCUCUAUAUUUAUUUUUGGGGGGAGAUAAUUAGUUUACUUACUUAAUAGAGGUGCUGAGGACUGGACCCAGGACCUCAUGCAUGCUAGGCACGUGCUCCGCCGAGUUCUACCCUCUCCUCAAGCUCCCCUAAACACAACUCUCAGCAGAAAGCAUCUUCUAAGUCACACUCAGUACACACGCGCACCAACAAGCAGAACGCAACAGUGCUUCCCCAUCCUGUGCGCAAUAUACUGAUGUUUUCUACCUUACUUCAGUCUGCCUCCCUGAUCCAAAAAAUGCCAACCGCCACCCACCAAAGGAUCCCAACCUACAGUCUGAAAACCACUGAUUCAGAGCACAGGGGUCAAAAGCAGAAGGGAUAUGAACGGCCCGAUUCUGACUGUGGCCUGCAUUACAAGCCGGCAUCAGGCUGUAAACGUCUCCUGUCUUAGAGACAAGGAUGAGUUUUGGGGGAAAUGGGAGCAAGGCCUGGGAAGCUACACGGUACUUGAAGAACACAGCAAAAAGAGGAAGUGCUGACCUGGUUUCCCAGGUGAAGAGAGGAAAAUCAUCUCAGGGUCGGUGGGAUGUGGUAAGACGACAUGGUAAAUUGUCCUGAGAGACCCCUCAGAAAGAAAACAAACGCAGACGUUCCCCGACCUAUGGUUUUUUUUUUUUUUUUUUUACUUUAUGAUGGAACAAAAGCAAUACGCACAAUGCAGUAGAAAGGGCACUAUGGGUUUUGAUCUUCCCCAGCUAGCGACACAAGGUCCGGUCCCCUCUCGUGAUGCUCAGCAGAGCGCACAGCCCCCAGGCAGCCCCUGACCGUGAGGGUGAACCACCUACACACUCGGAACCAUCCUGUACCCAGACAACCCUCUGUUUUCACUGUCAGUACAGUAUUCAAUAAAUUCCGUGAGGUACUCAACUCUUUAUUACAAAA